CGUAGUGAAGCGAGCGCCAAGCUCUCAGUUUACUACAAACUCAAAUCGACGACGCAUGUCGCUCGCCGCGCUGUUGUGCUCGUGUGUACAGUGCUAGUGCAAUAACAUAACAUAUUGUUUUGUGCUGUGUUACAGUGUUGUGGUACAUAUUAGUGCGAGGAGGCUGUCACCGAAGUUGUGAUGCAUUUGAGCAUAUACGUAUGGCUGUCUUGUAUAGCCCUCGCAGGAUAUGUUCGAGCGACAGAGGAGGGAGCAGUUUCAGGCGUUCCGCCGACCGAAGGCGCGCCGCACCAACAGGACGACCCGCUCGCGUCCGACAAGGACAACCUCUUCAUAGACGAUGAUGGCUCCGGUCUAGAGAUCGACGAGAGCUCCGGCUCCGGCUGGGGACCCGGACCCGGCCCGGACGACGAGGACGGCCGCGCCGGCUCAGGUGACGCACCGGACGCGCCGCCGGAUGACGAAGACUUCAAACCCCGCCCCCCAAAACAAGAAGCGGAACCGGGUCUCGACUACAAUGAGUCGGAUGUUGACAACGAUGAGUUCGAAACUCAGUACAAUGAGUCGGAGAGCAACCCGGUUCCGAAAACGGAACCGCCACCCGAACCUGAACCAGUAGAUACGUUCGAUGUAGUCAGUCCUCGUAUAUUGAAGCCUUCAGAGGGAGCACCAGACAUACGCGGUCCAGGGGAGGAACCGCCUCGACCAGACCAGACUGAUAUCAGUAUAUCAGGGGAAGAAAUUAACCCACCUGUUAUUGAUCAGGAGCAAUCGGGUUCGAAUAUAGAACCAAAGUCGCAGCCUGCGGACAACGGCGUGUUCAUCAUGAACGCCAAGCCGGAAGACCGCGCCACCAGCUUCUUCGCGCAACCUGGCAUACUUGCCGCUGUGAUCGGCGGAGCGGUAGUAGGACUGCUCUGCGCGAUCCUGGUGGUGAUGUUCAUCGUGUACCGCAUGCGCAAGAAGGACGAGGGCUCGUACGCGCUGGACGAGCCCAAGCGCAGCCCCGCCGCCGCCUCCUACGGCAAGGGCCACAACAACCGCGAGUUCUAUGCGUGAGAACACACCGAACAAACUCUGCCACAAGUCUAUUAAGUUCACACACCAUACAGUUCGAUAGAUUGCGUUGAGUGUAUCUUUUUGUUUAACUCCGCCACGGAAGUUGUGAAGCGUUACUGCUAUCACGAUUGUGAUUGGCUGAAAAUAUGGCAGCACAACAUGCAUUUAAGCCAGUCGGCCAAUCAGAGGUGAUUACGAUCGUAUGUAGAUGUCAAAGUAGGCGCUAUAUCUAAGUGUGUGGCUAAAAUUAUGGCAGCAAAACACCCAUUUGAGCCAGUUGGCAAAUCAGAGAUGAUUACGAUCGUACGUAGCUGUCAAACUAGGCCAUAUAUCUAAGUGUGUGGCUGAAAUUACGGCAGCACAACAUGCAUUUAGGUCCGUUAGCCAAUCAAAGAUGGUUACGAUCGCAUGCAGCUGUCAAACUAGGCGGUAUCUCUAAGUAUGCAUUAUCGCAAGCAUUGGCUGAAUUUAUGGUAUACAGGUUAACCAAUAAAAGGUGAAUGUGCGUCGUCGCACUGUAGCAGUCAAAUCAGGCGUUACGUAUGCAUUCUAGCGAGCAUUGGCUGAACUUACCUAUAGCAUUCUUGCUGCACACGUGCAUUUAAGCGCCAGUUAGCCAAUCAGAGGUGAUUGAUCACACUGUGGUUGUCAAACCACCAAUGGCAGUAGGUUUAAGGCUGAGGUCUAUUGAGCGUGCUUUGACUUUGCUCAGAUUUCAGUUUCAGUUAAAAUGAGACACACGAUAUAACGCUGUUUCGUUUUAACAGUGUCUUAAGAAUGAGCAAAGUCAAAGUUCUCUGUUCUCAGCCUUAAAACCAUGGUGUUUAAGCCAGUUAGCCAAUCAAAGGUGAUUGUGAUUGUCACAUUUUAGCUAUCGAAUCACGACGGUAGGUCUACGCAUUCCCGCGAGCAUGCCUUCCAGAAGAUGUUGCAAAAGUCGUGACAAGAGACCACACCAGAGUUAGCCGUCUACGCUUGUCAUCCACUCAGUUGCCUGCAACGCCUUCUUCGACUCUGACCAAAAUACUGACUUUGAAAGGGACGCAUCGUUGAUAAGACAAGGAAAGGGCACUGUUACAUUUUUGCCUCGUGGAGACAGUGUAUGCAGGGCAAAUGGUCUUUGAAGUUAAAGAUAAACCUCAAUGUUGUGAAUAGCUUUCUGCAUACGUAUUGGCAGCUUUACCUUAUCCAGUGACGAGUUUGAUUUUUCAAAAACAUACACUCAAAGCUUAGAUCUUGCAAGAAAACAGUUGUUAUGAAGAAGAAUUCGAGGAUUAAUAUUUAACAUUUUUUAUUAUUUAACACCAGCAGCGCAAGCACAAUUAGUGUGGAAACACUUUCUCACGAUUUUUUAUCGACAUAAUAAUAUUAUCGUUGCAAAAGGCGCGAGAGAGAUGAGACGCUGAAAGCUGUUAUUGGUUAGAAAAAUAGUAAUCCAUUGAUUGCUUGAAAAUGUUCUAUUGUAAAUGCUCGAAUAUUUUAGUAAACAAAUGUUUUCGUGCAAGACUUCGUACGAAACCGUUUUAUCUGAAAAAUGUUACGAUAAAUGUCAAAAUUCUAACGGCCAUGAAAAAAAAGUAUAGCGGCCAUUUUGAAAUUGACGUAACGUUCUUUACUUUGACGAAUACCGUCAAUUUUAACAUUCCCAUAUUGUGGCUAAAUUUGUUCCGGAACGAAAU